UAACCUUUGUUGUGACAGGUACGGUUCGUGGUCUGGCUCAGUGUUGACGUUGAGUCCGUCCUCUGAGGGCCUCGGUGCUGCUGCUGUUAAAGAGAGCAAUGAUCAGAUGAUGAUGAAAUCUUCGUUUAGAAGUGGUGCCCAUCAUAUCAUGAUGCACUGUGAUAUUGUGAUUUUAUCCCUGUUACUUUGGGGGUUAAGUGCUGCGGAGGCCAGUCGUCUGAAACCCGUUCCUGCUAAUACCACAGCUCUUCCUCAAGUAACAGCAGUACCUGCAGCUGCAGGAAAUUGGAGUAGGCCUUAUAUUGAUCAUACAGACAUCGAUGAUGGCGAUUAUCAUCAGUUUCGUACAGUGGAAAAUGGCUCCCUAAAGGAUAAUUUGAUUAAGGUUCAACACUUCUUUCUAUGGACACGCAAAACUUCUGGAAAUGAUUCGCAAGAAGAUCUGGACCCCACCAAAGUCAAUACUAUAAUAGAGAGUAGCUUUCGUCCACGCAAGACGUAUAUUAUCAUCCAUGGAUUUCUUGGCUGGGGGACUGAGCCGUGGAUUCUUUCCUUAAAAGACAAGCUUUUGGACGUCUUGGAUUGUAAUGUAAUAUCAGUGGAAUGGCCAGCAGGACAAGGUUGGAUGUUACUAACGUAUUAUACUGCUGUAAGUCGGGUUCUCGGCGUGGCUAAUGACACAACUCUUCUGAUUAAAAGUUUAGCCGCUCACAAGGCCUUGCAUCUGAAAGAUGUACACUUUAUAGGACAUUCCUUGGGUGCUCAUGUUGCUGGAAUAGCAUCAAAGCCUUACGGUGGCAAAAUUGGACGUAUUACAGGUUUGGACCCAGCAGGCUUAACGUAUCGCAACGUUCCUGCAGAACAGCGUAUUGAUUCUUCAGAUGCUGAUUAUGUGGAUAUUCUGCAUACUAAUGGCUGCUACAACUUUUGGGACCCAUGGAGGGAUUGUUAUGGUCUCAAUGAAAACCUUGGCCAUAGUGACUUCUGGCCUAAUGGGGGAGAGCACCAACCAGCAUGCAGGCAAGCCAAUGGCGAAUAUGGUUGUGACCAUAUGAUGGCUUACAAAUAUUUUCUAGAAAGUCUUGACUAUGGGAUUGACAGUACAUUAUUCUUGGCAAGGAAUUGCUCUAAUUGGAAUGACUAUGAAGAAGGCUUUUGCUCGUGUGGGGAAAAUGCUCAGUAUAUGGGUUUCUUUGUCGACACCAGAGUGGGUGGCAUAUUUUAUUUGGAAACCAAUUCAACUUCACCUUACGCUGUGGAGGAUGCAAUGUGCUCUCCAGGCAAUGCCAGUAUUUUGAAGAUGAAAAGAAUUCUCUUGAUCAUGGGCACAGUACUCUCUCUCAUUGGCGUUUCUGGAGGCAUUCUUGCUGUAGGGAUUGCCAUGAGCAGGAAGAGGCAUCGUCAGGCACUGGGCAGCGGCUUGCUGACAAAUGAGGAAGUGCAAGGUAUUGACGAUGCAUGUCAGGAGAACGUUCAGGAGAAUGUUCAGUGUAAUACUGAGCUCCCUGAUUCACAUGUCUCUCAGGAGAGUGUUCAGUGUAAUAUUGAAUCACCCUAAUUCAUAUGCGUGUUACUUUCACCGAGCGUUUUCAUAUUUCUAUGCAAUUUUAGCUUUAAUUAAAAUUUUGUACACCUUUAUAAUGAAGAAUUCUUAAUAUUAAAGAAUAAAUCCACAGGAGCCGUGAUGAGGAUUCGAACCUAUGCUCUGAGUAUUCCCAGACGCGCUCUAAUCAACUGUACCACGAUUGUACCAACUGUUGCGCGCAUAGAUUUGAACCCUCAUCGAGGCACCUGUGGAUUUAUUCUUUGAUAUAUCAUGUUAAUGUGAUUUCUCUGUGUAUUAUUAUUAUUACACCUUUGGUUUUCUUGUAAUUUGAAUCUCCAAAUAUUUAUUUUUAAAAUGGUAUGGAUGUAUCGUGUUGAUUUUUAUCAUUAAGAUCAUUGGAAGUGUGAUAUAAUACUCAAGACUUGUAUCUCAUAUUACUGUACCAUUGGAGCUGGCAUCCAGUUGUAAAUAUUAUUGCUGAUGGAAUAGAAUAUGUUGUUGUAUGUACUGUAUUGUAUUUAUAUGUAACAAAUAUUUUACCCUAGGCAAUAUUAUACAAGAUCAGGUAGGCAGAAGCAGAGAGACACAGUAUAACCUAUGUUAUACUACCUUGUGAGUGAAACCUAUUCUAUACUGUAUAGUACUGGCAUUUUUCUUAAUCGGGGUAACUAUUAGUUCUACUGCAAGAGAUUGUGAUAAAUAGGUUAAUUCUAAUCAUAUGCAAUUAUAUUUUUGAGCCAU